AGCACCAGGCUAGAAGAACAGUUAUAGAGCAACUGCGAAUCGCUCAGCACAAUGAGAAGUUCAGCACUCUGGACAGCUCUCUGCAUAUGCAUGUAUGGCACAGUGGUGGAUUGCUCAGUGAAGAAGCUUGGCAAUAACACUGGGCGUUUCGCCAAUGCCACUCUGGUUCGGCUAAAUGAGUUUUUAAGUGCCGGAUAUAAAAAAGGAGUUCGACCUGUGCGCGACUGGAGGCAGUCAACGACGGUGGCAAUUGACCUUAUGGUUUAUGCCAUUCUCAAUGUGGAUGAGAAGAACCAGGUUUUGACAACAUAUGUGUGGUACAGACAGCAAUGGACAGAUGAGUUCCUUAUGUGGGAUCCUGAGGAAUUUGAUGAAGUCAAAAAAAUUUCCAUUCCGACUGCCAACAUCUGGAUUCCAGAUAUCCUCAUCAAUGAAUUUGUUGAUGUAGGAAAGUCUCCUGAUAUUCCUUAUGUCUACGUAGGCCAUGAUGGACUUGUCAGCAACUAUAAGCCUAUCCAAGUAGUGACUGCCUGCUCUCUCAACAUCUAUAACUUUCCUUAUGAUGUUCAAAAAUGUAGCUUGACUUUCCAGAGCUGGCUACACACAACUAAAGACAUCAACAUCACACUAAUGAGAAGCCCUGAGGCUGUCAAGACAGACAAGAGUGUGUUCAUGAACCAGGGAGAAUGGGAGCUGCUUCACGUCCUCUCCACAUACAACGCGUUCAGCAUUGAUAAUGAUGAUUACUACGCCGAAAUGAAGUUCCAUGUUGUGAUCCGGCGCAGACCUCUUUUCUACACAGUCAACCUCCUGCUGCCCAGUAUGUUUCUGAUGGUGAUGGAUAUUGUUGGCUUCUACCUGCCGCCUGACAGCGGAGAGCGAGUGUCCUUCAAGAUCACCCUGCUUCUGGGCUACUCCGUGUUCCUCAUCAUUGUCUCUGACACUCUGCCAGCCACUGCCAUCGGGACUCCUCUCAUCGGUGUGUACUUUGUGGUCUGCAUGGCGCUGCUGGUCAUCAGUCUGACCGAGUCAGUGUUGAUCGUGAGGCUGGUGCACAAGCAGGAUCUGCAGUCCCGUGUGCCACAGUGGGUCAAACACCUGGUGCUGGAGAAGGCCACAGUCCUGCUCUGCAUUCGCAACAAGAAGAUCUGCUCGUUCCGCUCACAGGGGUCCGACCUGCCGCUCUAUAAAGAAAACAACAUGAACACUGCCAUUCACUGCAACCACCACAGCUGUGAGGGGUCCAGAGACUCCGGCAGAACCUUGGGUUUGGGGCUGUCAGCACACGAGUCUGGGCCUCCUGUCAUGGACGGCAUCCUCCGCGAGAUCACCACCAUCCGCCAGUUCCUGGAGAAGAAGGACGAGAGCCGUGAGAUCGCAAAAGAGUGGCUGCAGGUGGGCUAUGUGCUGGACAUCCUGCUCUUCCGUGUAUACCUGCUCACCGUUCUGGCCUACGGCAUCACCCUGGGCUCGCUCUGGUCCAUCUGGCAGAACGUCUGACCGCAGAUCUGAAGGGAAGGCGCCAGUUUGGUCUCACUGCUUCAAGGAAACACAGCGUUUGAUGUCGAUUAAGUGCUGGUAAUGUGAUUGUUAUCUGACGAGAGAAUAACUUGAGCACCAGAGAGGAGAAAUGUACUUUCAGAUUAAGAGUUAUUACUUGUACACCGCCAUUCUUACCAAAUAAGAGCUGCUCUGUGACGUCUCUGAAAUGAAGCGUAUAAAAUACUGAUAUGAUUGU